UUCUGGUCUAUUCCUCUUCUUCUCCGUCCGCUUCCCCUACCCUUUGUGAACCAGGUUCGCCCUUAUUCUCCUAAUCAGAAAAUCAGAUCUAAGAGGGACAACGAAGUCAUCGAGUUCUGGAGAUUAGGGUCGCCCAAUGGCCAAUAGUAUUGGCCAUUGGCCGACUGGUUGCUGGUUCUAAUUUCGAUCCUCCAUCUGAAUGUGAAAUGAAAGGAGUGUGGAUAAAGAUUUUAGCUUGGUGGAGCAUUCAUAUGGUGCUAUGAGGUAGUGUGAAGGAGGCUUUUUGGCAACUCACUCAGGGGAGGCAGCAUGAAAGGACAAAAGCUGUUUGGUCCCCUUUGUUCAUCUUGGUCGCUUGGCAUAUGUGGGGGUUGAGAAAUUGGGUGUUAAAGGGUUGGAGGCAGAUGCACAUAGAUUGGUGGAGAUAAUACAAACUGAGUCCUUGUGGGUAAAAGAUAAAUUGAGUGUAUGUGGGUUUUCAUUGUAUGAUUGGAUGAACCAUUCUAACUUGUGUGCUAGAACACUAGACGUUUAGCUUGAAGUAACAGCAGAACAUAAUGUAUAUGGGAAGGAAUACAUUUUGUACUCCAACAUGAUAGAAACCUUUAUGGACAAUCGAAAAAAAAAAAAGAAAAAAAAAAAAAGAAAAGAAAAGAGAGAAUUUAUAUGUAAAACCAUAAACUUAUAACCCGUGCGUACUUAUGCUUAGAAGUUAUUGUUGGGGCAAUACAUCAAAGCUAUGAUGUUGCUGCAACAAGAGGUGCAGCAAGCAACGUUAAUGACACAAAAUUUGCAACAACAAAGCUGUCUUAAUGGACAGACAAGUGCAGCUAACAAAGCUGCAUUAUGGAAGCAACUGAAAUGAAAUGCAAAUGGAGGCUGCAAUUGGUCAACAAAAGGGCAGAAAUGUGAGAGAAAAUGGCAGCAAGAUAUUUGCCAUGUUAUGGUGUUUUCAAUGUACCACUUUUUAUGUUAGUUUACGUAUUAUAUUCUUUGAUUUAAAUAUUACAAUAAGUUUUGUAAGAAACAUGUAAUCAUAAAUCAUGGAAUGUAGGUAAAGAAUACUGUUCUUAUGUUGUAAUUUUCUGCAAUAAAUUGGCAGAUAAGUU